UGGUUUCUACAAGGCCUCUGCCGGAAAUAUGAAGUGUACCAAGUGCCCACCUCACAGCUCUACCCAUGAAGAUGGUUCAGUGAACUGCAAAUGUGAGAAGAAUUACUUCCGGACAGACCAAGACCCUCCUUCUAUGGCUUGCACCCGACCUCCAUCUGCCCCCAGGAAUGUUAUCUCUAAUAUCAACGAGACCUCCGUUAUUCUGGACUGGAGCUGGCCUUUGGACACCGGAGGUCGGAAGGAUGUCACCUUCAACAUCAUAUGUAAAAAAUGUGGGGGAAACAACAGGUUAUGUGAGCCCUGCAGCCCAAAUGUGCGUUUCCUGCCUCGCCAAAUUGGGCUCACCAACACCACAGUGACGGUGGUAGAUCUCCUUGCCCAUACAAACUACACAUUUGAGAUCGAUGCUGUCAACGGAGUAUCCGACCGCGCCUCCGUCUCGAGACAAUUUGCGGCAGUGAGCAUCACGACCAACCAGGCGGCUCCAUCGCCUGUCGCUGUAAUUAGGAAGGAGCGGACAUCCAGGAACAGUGUUUCUCUAUCUUGGCAAGAACCUGAACAUCCGAAUGGGAUCAUCUUGGACUACGAGGUCAAGUACUAUGAAAAGCAGGAGCAAGAGACAAGUUACACAAUUUUAAGAGCAAGAGGAACGAAUGUUACCAUCAGUGGCCUCAAACCUGAUACAAUUUAUGUAUUCCAAAUCCGAGCUCGAACAGCAGCUGGAUAUGGGACUAACAGCCGCAAGUUUGAGUUUGAAACGAGUCCAGAUUCUUUCUCCAUUUCCAGUGAAAAUAGCCAGGUUGUAAUGAUUGCCAUUUCGUCUGCAGUAGCAAUUAUUCUCCUCACCAUCGUGGUGUAUGUACUGAUUGGGAGAUUUUGUGGAUAUAACAAAUCAAAGCCCAAUACAGAUGAGAAGAGGCUUCAUUUUGGAAACGGGCACUUAAAACUUCCAGGCCUCAGAACCUACGUAGAUCCACAUACCUAUGAGGACCCCAACCAAGCUGUUCAUGAAUUUGCCAAGGAAUUGGACGCUGCAACUAUAUCAAUUGACAAAGUUGUCGGAGCAGGUGAAUUUGGAGAGGUGUGCAGUGGCCGCCUGAAGCUUCCUUCCAAAAAGGAAAUUUCUGUUGCCAUCAAAACCUUGAAAGUCGGCUACACUGAAAAGCAGAGGAGAGACUUCUUGGGAGAGGCGAGCAUCAUGGGACAGUUUGACCAUCCCAACAUCAUUCGUCUGGAGGGAGUUGUUACCAAAAGUAAGCCUGUCAUGAUCGUCACUGAAUAUAUGGAGAAUGGAUCUUUGGACAGCUUCUUACGGAAACACGACGCCCAGUUUACAGUCAUACAGCUGGUGGGGAUGCUUCGGGGAAUAGCAUCGGGUAUGAAAUACCUAUCGGACAUGGGCUACGUACAUCGUGACCUGGCUGCUCGCAACAUACUAAUCAACAGUAACCUGGUGUGCAAGGUCUCAGACUUUGGUCUUUCACGUGUUUUAGAGGAUGAUCCCGAAGCUGCUUACACAACAAGAGGAGGAAAGAUCCCUAUCCGGUGGACAUCUCCAGAAGCCAUUGCAUAUCGGAAAUUUACAUCAGCCAGCGACGUAUGGAGUUAUGGGAUUGUUCUCUGGGAGGUGAUGUCCUAUGGAGAGAGACCAUAUUGGGAAAUGUCCAAUCAGGAUGUAAUUAAAGCUGUGGAUGAAGGCUACCGACUGCCGCCUCCCAUGGACUGUCCAGCUGCCUUGUAUCAGCUGAUGUUGGAUUGCUGGCAGAAAGACAGAAACAACAGACCCAAGUUUGAGCAGAUUGUCAGCAUCCUGGACAAGCUUAUCCGGAAUCCCAGCAGUCUGAAAAUAAUCACCAAUGCGGCUGCAAGGCCAUCCAAUCUUCUUCUGGACCAAAGCAGCAUCGAUAUCACCACCUUCCGCAAGACUGGUGACUGGCUCAAUGGCAUCCGGACAGGACAGUGCAAGGAGAUCUUUACAGGCGUGGAGUACAGUUCAUGUGAUACAAUAGCCAAAAUUUCCACUGAGGAUACAAAGAAAGUUGGUGUCACUAUUGUUGGGCCACAGAAGAAGAUUAUCAGCAGUCUUAAAGCCCUAGAAACACACACAAAGAAUAGUCCGGUUCCUGUAUAACUGGAUGGUCCAGUGGGUCAGGACGAGGAGGAUGCCAGGAUGACUGAGAAUCUACCAGAUGCAGGGAGGAGGGUGGAUGACAGUGAUGGGGACAGUGGUGGAAAUUCCACACCCACUAAAACACUCAGAUAUGAGUACAAAUGCCUUAAAAAUGGGAGUGAAGAACUCUUUUUUUUCCCCUCUAUAUUUUAGUCUUAAAGGGUGGGCACUUUUUUCCUUAGAGUAAAUGAAUGAUUCUACAGUUGGGGGAAAAAGGAAGAUUUUUCAGAGCAAAAGGAGAAAAUGUAACAUAGAGCCAUUGGAACAAUAACGACUGAUUGACUUACACGGAAACAAAAAAAAGUGGACAUAGAGGCUGGGUUUGAGCAAUAGCAGCCAAAAAAGAAAAUAAAAGACACAGUAUUUUUAUACACAGAAGAGAUCUGUCAAAGGUAUUUUGUUUCUUUAAAAACAAGCAAGAUGGAGGAAUUUAUACCUCAACGUAUCUGGCCAUAUUUACAAUCCUGUCAUUGUAAUAUUCUCCUUCAACCCUCAAAGAGUAUUCAGAAAUAAACAUUGUAGUGAUUUCAAGUAU